AUGAAGACCACAUGUCUGUGGGCUGCUGCUCUGCUGCUGCUGCUGCUGCUGUCACUCAUCUCUCUGGCGACCUGUGCUGAAUCGCAGACUGCAGGGAAUUCGGACUUGAGAGAGAGCUCAAAACCCAAAGUGAAGACCUACUGGACCGAAAGCAGCAAGGCCUUCUCCAUCAGCCGUCUGCUCUCCCAGACCCUCUACGGCAAAGAGAACUUCACCUCUCUGGAUAUGAACUACGACGAAGCCGACUCGUACUCUAAACGGGAGCAGUGGAACUGGCUUUACAACGUUUCCAACCCACGCGAUGCUCGAUCCAGGACAAAACGGAGGCCCAUCGUCAAGACCGGAAAGUUCAAGAAGAUGUUCGGUUGGGGCGACUUCCAUUCCAACAUCAAGACGGUGAAGCUCAACCUUCUCAUCACUGGAAAAAUCGUGGAUCACGGCAACGGGACCUUCAGCGUCUACUUCCGCCACAACUCGACCGGUCAAGGCAACGUGUCCGUGGGAUUGGUUCCACCCACAAAAGCUGUGGAGUUCCAGGUCCACCAGCAGCACCAGCAGUACCACCACCAUCACCACCAGCAGCAGCAGACGGCCCUGGAGACCAAGGACACCAAGCUGUUCAACUGUAGGGUGGAGUACGAGAAGGUGGAGAAGGGCACCAGGAACUCACUGUGUGCCCACGACCCCUCGCAGAGCUGCCCGCAGGAGCAGACCCAGAGCCACGUGUCCUGGCUGUGCUCCAAGCCCUUUAAAGUCAUCUGCAUCUUCAUCACCUUCUACAGCACCGACUACAAGCUGGUGCAGAAGGUGUGUCCAGAUUACAACUACCACAGUGACACCCCUUACCUCCCCACCGGGUGA